AAACCAAAAUCAGUCAAAGCUGGUUUACAAUUCCCAGUUGGUAGAAUCAUUCGUUUCUUAAAGAAAGGUCGUUAUGCUCAACGUGUUGGUUCAGGUGCUCCAGUUUAUCUCGCCGCUGUUCUUGAAUAUCUAGCCGCUGAGGUUUUGGAGUUGGCUGGAAAUGCUGCCAGGGAUAACAAGAAAUCAAGGAUUACACCAAGGCAUGUGCUUUUGGCAGUAAGGAACGAUGAAGAAUUAGGAAAGUUGCUUGCUGGUGUUACUAUUGCUAGUGGUGGAGUUCUUCCAAAUAUUAACUCCGUUUUGUUGCCAAAGAAGGGUCUUGAGAAAGAAACAACACCCAAGUCUCCUGGACAAUCUCCCGCUGGAAAGUCUCCAAAGAAAGCUUAGAUCUAGUUUCUGUUAACUCUGGGUACAGUCUAGCCUAUUAUGUAACUAAAUGUGCAAUGAAAUGAAAUCUAGAAACUCUGGGAUGGGAUUAUUUUGGUGGUCCGAAUGAUCUGUUUUCUUUUUGGGGAUUAGUUUUUACAGAUUUAAAUCUGAUUCGGUCUUUCAAUGUUCAUAAGCUUCUUCGGAAUAAAUUGAUCUGCUUUCUUGACAAA